AAGAGAAAUGUAGUAAAGUUAAGAUGCAGAAGCUGAACGUGGUCGUGCCACGCACAACGGGGGAGGUCAUGCCACGCACAACGGGGGAGGUCGUGCCACGCACAACGGGGGAGGUCGUGCCACGCACAACGGGGGAGGUCGUGCCACGCACAACGGGGGAGGUCGUGCCACGCACAACGGGGAAGGUCGUGCCACGCACAACGGGGGAGGUCGUGCCACGCACAACGGGGGAGGUCGUGCCACACACAACGGGGGAGGUCGUGCCACGCACAACGGGGGAGGUCGUGCCACGCACAACGGGGGAGGUCGUGCCACGCACAACGGGGGAGGUCGUGCCACGCACAACGGGGGAGGUCGUGCCACGCACAACGGGGGAGGUCGUGCCACGCACAACGGGGGAGGUCGUGCCACGCACAACGGGGGAGGUCGUGCCACGCACAACGGGGGAGGUCGUGCCACGCACAACGGGGGAGGUCGUGCCACGCACAACGAAGGAGGUCGUGCCACGCACAACGGGGGAGGUCAUGCCACGCACAACGGGGGAGGUCGUGCCACGCACAACGGGGGAGGUCGUGCCACGCACAACGGGGGAGGUCGUGCCACGCACAACGGGGAGGUCGUGCCACGCACAACGGGGAGGUCGUGCCACGCACAACGGGGGGGUCGUGCCACGCACAACGGGGGGGGUCGUGCCACGCACAACGGGGGGGGUCGUGCCACGCACAACGGGGGGGUCGUGCCACGCACAACGGGGGGUCGUGCCACGCACAACGGGGGGUCGUGCCACGCACAACGGGGAGGUCGUGCCACGCACAACGGGGAGGUCGUGCCACGCACAACGGGGAGGUCGUGCCACGCACAACGGGGAGGUCGUGCCACGCACAACGGGGAGGUCGUGCCACGCACAACGGGGGGGUCGUGCCACGCACAACGGGGGGGUCGUGCCACGCACAACGGGGGGUCGUGCCACGCACAACGGGGAGGUCGUGCCACGCACAACGGGGAGGUCGUGCCACGCACAACGGGGAGGUCGUGCCACGCACAACGGGGAGGUCGUGCCACGCACAACGGGGAGGUCGUGCCACGCACAACAGGGGGGUCGUGCCACGCACAACGGGGGGUCGUGCCACGCACAACGGGGGGGUCAUGCCACGCACAACGGGGAGGUCGUCCCAAGCACAACGGGGAGGUCGUGCCACGCACAACGGGGAGGUCGUGCCACGCACAACGUGGGGGGUCAUGCCACGCACAACGGAGGAUCGUGCCACGCACAACGGGGAGGUCGUGCCACGCACAACGUGGGGGUCAUGCCACGCACAACGGAGGGUCGUGCCACGCACAACGGGGGGGUCAUGCCACGCACAACGGGGAGGUCGUGCCACGCACAACGGGGAGGUCGUGCCACGCACAACGGGGAGGUCGUGCCACACACAACGGGGAGGUCGUGUCACGCACAACGUGCCAAAUAUAAUCAUUUAAAUAGUCUAAACAAGGCAAUUCCAGUUAUAAUUAAUAACAUCGUUUUAGGAUAAUAUUCGUUAGCGGGUGACGAUUGUGGUUUUCUCGAUGCUGCAGAUUUAAUUUUUGCUUCGAUGAACUACAAUUUUUGUUGAGACUCUUUGAGAGUUGCUGUGAGUCUAGCUGUCUCUUGCUGACCCCGCUCCGUAAUGUGAACCUUGUGUUACUGACACGCGUCUUCAAGCUUCAGACACUGUUCACCAAUAGUCUCUAACAACCUGAUGUCCUUUUUAAGCGCUUCCAUUUCUUCUUGUUUCCGUUCAUUAUCGAGUUAACAGGCAAGUGUUCGUGUCUGAAUUGCACUUAAGGUGACCUCGGCCUGGUGAAGUGAUUGUCUCACGUGCCUCAGCUCUGAAUUAAGAAGUCCCUCUUCUAUUUUAUGAGAUGUUUUCGUACGCAACAUAUCAGCAGAUAUACUUGUAUAUCUUGACCAGAUUUCCUUCUUUUCACUCUAGCACUUAAUUUCUCUCACUUAAUACUCUUUUAUCAAUUUAUCUUUUAUCAACAUUUGUUUGUAAACAAAUUUAUAUUAUUUAUUCUUGCGGUUAUAUUAGUCUUUCCAAUAGUCACUUAAAUUCAAAGCGUUUCUAAACUCGGUUUCGACAGAGUUGUGUUUUUGUUUGACACCUUCGAGCUCUGAGUGGAGAAGUGCGUGUUCCUCAUGUUUUUGUUAGAGUUGAGCUUCAACAGCGUCGCACGUGUUAAUCACGUGAUCUUUGUGCUCUACACCUUCCCUCUUCAUUAAUGCUUCUCCUUGCGAGUGAUCUUCGCUCUCAUCCUCACCAACAGUUUCCAUAUCAUUACUACUGCGUUUGGAGAGUGAAUGUGAAGCUUAUAGUUGCUCACGAAGCUGGGCGUUCUCUGUCUCUUUGGCAGCGACGGUUUUUCUCAAUCUUGCAAUAUUCCGGCGGAGAAUUAGGUUUUCAUUCGUCACCUCAUUGUGCAACUCAUGCUUUUCGUCUGCGAUACUUCUCAUGUCUUCUAAAUCAACGAUAAGUUUCUGGUGCUUGUUAUGCAGCCUUUUGUGCUGCUUUUGCUUCUCCUCGACAAUUUGUCUCAUAUUUUCCACAUGAGCAAUAAGCUCAUGGUGCUCCUUGUGCAGUUGCUCGUGUUGCUUGUGUUUCUCCUCAAGCUCACCUUUAACAUGGGUAAAUUAUUGAUGGGCGUGGUCUCUCUAACUGACCAUAGCAGUCAGCUCGUUCUUCCCGCGUUCAUGUAACGCAUAAUAGUUACGAUACAGAUCCCUGUAUUACGCCCUGAGGCCCUCUACUUAGUCUUUACAUUUCCCUUCCUCCGAUUGCGCUUGUAGUAAAUCUUUGUACAAUUUAUUUGCCCUAAUAUUGGCAGAUUCAAUUUUUGCCUUGAGUGGCAUGUAGAUAUUUUUACUCGUCUCGCGAAAGCGUGCGCAGCUGUCGAAAUGCUUCUGAAGGUCUUUAAGCUCUGCCUGGAGCGCACCGAUGUCUUUGCUUUCAUGUUCCUGCAGUGUGGUUCUACAUUUUUGGAACUCCCAAUAGUAAUAGUCACGAUCGUCUUGCAGGUCCUCCACCUUCGAGGUCAUCUCCGCAGUAUUGUCUCGUAGUUCCUCAUACUUUUUCACCAACUUUGCAUUUUCCUUCAUUUUUUUCUACGUAAUUAUUUUCUAAUUUUUUAAUUUUUAUUUUAUUUGGUCAUUUUCUGACGAAAAUUUUUCUAUGGUUUCGGACGAUAAAUUGAGAUGACGUUUUGUGUCAUCGUUGGAUUCAGUGAGAGUCGUUAAGGCCAGUUAAUGACCUGACACCUCCUGACCAUGGUCCUUGUUAAGACCUGACACCUCCUGACCAUGGUCCCGGUGAACACCUGACACCUCCUGACCAUGGUCCCUGUGAACACCUGACACCUCCUGACCAUGGUCCCUGUGAACACCUGACACCUCCUGACCAUGGUCCCUGUGAACACCUGACACCUCCUGACCAUGGUCCCUGUGAACACCUGACACCUCCUGACCAUGGUCCCUGUGAACACCUGACAC